UUCUCAUGUCUUGUUCAACUUUCAUUACCCAACACCAAAAACACGUUUCUUUCUCCCUACUGUGAAGGAGCAACAGAGUUCAUAUACAGAAUCCUGAACAAAUGGGAGCUGAAGAGGCAGGGAGAACAACUAUAGAGACAAUGGAGAAAGAAAGUACAGAGAACAAUGAGAAACAUGUGACAGACAGUGAUCCUAAGAUUAACUACAGAGGAUGGAAGGCUAUGCCCUUUAUCAUAGGAAAUGAAACUUUUGAGAAAUUGGGAGCCAUUGGCACCUUAGCCAACCUCUUGGUCUAUCUCACCACUGUAUUCAACCUGAAGAACAUCACAGCCACAAAUAUAAUCAACAUCUUCAGUGGCAGCACCAACUUUGCUACCUUGAUAGGUGCCUUCUUAUCAGACACCUACUUUGGUCGCUACAAGACAAUAGGAUUCUGCACAUUCACUUCUUUUUUGGGAUUGCUUGUGAUACAACUUACUGCUGUAUUUAAGAAUCUGCAUCCACCUCACUGUGCAAAGGAGAGCAAAACAUGCAGAGGACCAACUGCAGGGCAAAUGACUUUUCUAUUGGCUGGAUUUGGUUUGCUGCUGGUAGGUGCUGCUGGGGUGAGACCGUGUAACUUGGCAUUUGGAGCUGAUCAGUUCAAUCCCAAAACAGAUUCAGGGAAGAAAGGGAUUAACAGCUUCUUCAAUUGGUACUUUUUUACCUUCACUUUUGCCCAGAUGGUCUCUUUAACGCUAAUUGUGUAUGUACAGUCAAAUGUUAGCUGGGCAAUAGGGUUGGGAAUUCCUGCAGCCUUGAUGUUCAUAUCUUGUAUAGUGUACUUCAUGGGGGCCAAAAUUUAUGUCAAGGUUAAACCAAGUGGUAGCCCCAUCACUAGUAUUGUGCAAGUUUUGGUUGUUGCAACCAAGAAAAGGAGUUUAAAACUACCUGCAGAACAUCAAACCAUUUCCCUUUUCAACUAUGUGCCUCCCAAGAGCAUUAACUCUAGGCUCCCUUACACCUUUCAGUUCAGGUUAUUGGAUAAAGCAGCCAUUGUGACCCCACAAGAUAAAAUAAACCCAGAUGGAUCUGCAGGAAAUCCAUGGAACCUUUGCAGCAUACAGCAAGUGGAGGAGGCAAAAUGUGUGGUGAGAGUAUUACCCAUAUGGUUAUCAGCCAUUUUGUACCACUUAGUUAUUGUCCAAAAUCACACCCUUCUUGUGUUUCAAGCCCUUCAAUCCGAUAGGCGUGUCGGACACAGUAACUUCAAAAUCCCGGGUGCAUCCUACAAUGUGUUCUUGAUGUUGAGCAUGACCUUAUGGCUACCAAUCUAUGAUAGAAUAUUGGUCCCUUUCCUCCGUAGACUCACUGGAAAAGAGGGUGGCAUCACACUCCUCCAGAGGAUGGGAACUGGUAUUUUUCUCUCUGCACUGUGCAUGCUAGUAGCAGCAGUUGUUGAAGAGCAUAGAAGAAACUUGGCUCUGACCAAUCCCAUAGGAGUGCAACCAAGAAAAGGUGAUAUUUCAUCUAUGUCAGGUCUAUGGUUAAUUCCUCAGUUAGCACUUGCUGGUCUAGCUGAGUCAUUUACUGCGGUUGGACAAGUUGAAUUAUACUAUAAACAAUUCCCUGAGAACAUGAGAAGCAUUGGAGGGUCACUUUUCUACUGUGGCAUGGCAGGGUCCAGUUAUUUGAGCACUCUUCUUAUCACAAUUGUUCACAAUAGCAGUUCUAAAUCUGCCUCGGGGAAUUGGUUACCAGAAGAUCUUAACAAGGGGAGAUUGGAUUUGUUUUAUUACAUGAUUGCUGCUCUAGAAAUCAUGAAUUUGGGUUACUUUAUAUUGUGUUCACAAUGGUUUAAGUACAAGGAAAAUUAUACCGGUAGCCUUGAACUCAAACAAGUACCCAAACAAUCCGAAACAUCCACUGUUGCUGUUUAAGGUAUAAUUAUAAUCAUACUAAUAAGUAGUCCAUCUUUUUAGA